GGUACGGUACGAUUGCUCCUAGUGUGCCUUCAGUUAUUCUUGAAAGAUCAUCCAGAAUGGAUACGCGUUGCUGUGCCCUUUUGUUGCGAAGUCUUCUCACCGUCAGCAUCUUCCUGAGUGCCGCCACAGCGGGAAAGUAUUCCCGGUUUCGUGCAGCAGAUGUUGAACGGAACGCCAUCACCAACGCACCCUGUACCUGUGCCAUCUUUCUGUCCGGCCAAUUCAAUCGCUUCAAUCGGACGGAACAACCAAAGGGUAAUCCUGGCAUACAGCUGGAAUUGAUGCAGCACUUUGCCUGCACCGCGACCGGUAACAAACAGUGCUCCAACCGGUGUCUAGAUGCGAUCGUCAAGCAUUUGCCCAACUCACAGAAUGUGAUCUGUGCCACUAUCGAUCGGGACUGUUAUCGAGAGCGGGCCUACCUCUUCUAUCAAAAUUGUGUUCCUCGCUGGGUCAACAGCAAUCUUUCCGCGGGCAAAGAGUUCUGUUGCCAAAACGAUGAACCGAUGCGGUGUAACUUGAUGGCCGAGCUAAUACGACAAUCGAUACUGGAGAACGGUAAUGCAACGUCGAUCGCGGUAACCAGUUCAGAAGAGCAGAGGUGAUA